UAGCCCUGUUUACCUUUUUCGUUCUAUUCUCUGCUUCGAAUUUUUGCAGUCGAUUUGUAUAGUUUGUUUCUUUGCACAACCAAGACCACGUGUGCGUUCCUGGACUAGUAGUAGUACGAAUCAGAGAGAGGGUUCUUCUGUGCUGAUUAGGUUAAGCUGUAUGCAGCACAGUGAUAAUAACAUGGAAACCUCCAAACUCAGUAACAGUACUCAAAAUAUUCGAUGCCAUCACUGCGCAGGACCCCUUUCAAACCGCAUGGAAACCAGUCUCUGGACCGUUUCGCCUCUCAUCAGGGAUAGCUUCUCUAUGAUUGGUUCUGCCGUUGGCGGCACGGCGAGUGCAUUUUAUGGAUUCAAUCUUGGUAUACACUCUUGCUUCUCAUUUUUUGGUUAUUUUUUAUAA